AUGACAUCGACAGAGGAAGCAACGGCGUCGACGCCAGCCCAGCAAAGCCCAGCGUCACUGCCACCGCUAGGCUUCAUCUCCGUCGAGGUGAUCAUACACAGACCCCCGGGGGACCCCUUCAACGAGGCAACUUGGCCCUUUCCGUUGAUUCGUGAACGGGCAAAAGACUCCAAAGUGUCACAGGUCGUCUCUUCGGCGGGAUAUGACGACGACUUCAUUGCUCAUUUCGUCGACGCCGGCCAGAGGCUGGUGCAAAGAGGCGCCGUGGGGAUCAUCACCAGCUGUGGCUUCCUAGCCAUGGCUCAACCAGAACUGUCUGAGCGCCUGCCUGUCCCUGUCCUCACGUCUGCGCUCGUUCAGGUCCCAUCAAUCAUUGCCAUGCUGCCUCGAGAGAAAAAAGUCGGUAUCCUUACCUACGACGACAGUCGUUUGGGAGAUAUGCACCUAGAAAAGCUCGGAAUCCCACCAUCACGGGUGUGCAUUCAAGGUGCCCCCGCAGACGGCCAUCUUCGUCACCACAUCAGGGACGGCGCAGAGUAUGUGCACGAACAAAUUGAGACGGAGCUGGUGCAAGUCGCGCAAAAAAUGAUGACCAAGUAUCCGGAAAUAGCUGCAGUAUGUCUAGAGUGUACAAAUAUGCCACCGUUUGCGGAGGCCAUUCAGAAAGCGAUUGGCAAACCCGUGUAUGAUAUAUGUACGGCCGGUUCCUGGUUUUACUCUGGACUUGUAACGAGGCGACCAAGUCGUUGGAAUCCUAUACCCAAAGAUACGAUAGAAGGUAGAACAUGA